CGUGGCUGCUGGGGCAGCCUCCGCAAUCGGCGAAUUCGCUCUCCCUGCAGACGCACCGCGACUAAGCCACCAGCAGCACAAGCCGUGGGCUCACACACGUGUCUCCUCGCCGUGUGCCACGCGACCAGGUGUCGCUCACCUGCGCAUAUCAUCGCACGCCUGCCUCGUCACGUGGAUGGAUUAACUGGGGAUUUGUGGUGGCGAGGGCAGAGAAAGGAUAGAGAGUGGGGCAGCUCGAGCGAGUGGAGCCGGUGUAGGGACAUCAGCGGAUGAUGAUGAUGGCGGGGAUGAUGAAGAUGAUGCCCGCGGUGCUGGUGAUGGUGCUGCUGCUCGGAUGGUCUCCUGCGGCUGUCGCUUGCCCCAGCCGCUGCUUGUGCUUUCGCACCACGGUGAGGUGCAUGCACCUCCAACUGGACACGGUGCCUCGUGUGGACCCACGCACCACCAUCCUAGACCUGAGGUUCAACCGGAUCAGGGAGCUGCCCGUUGGGACUUUCCGUGGCCUCAAGGACCUCACCACCCUGCUGCUGAACAACAAUGAGCUUCGGCGAAUACCACGGAAGGUGUUUGACGAGCUGGAGAAUCUGCGAUACCUGUACCUCUACAAGAACGAGAUCCAGAGCAUCGAGAGGCAAGCAUUCAAGGGCCUGAAGUCCUUAGAGCAACUAUACAUUCAUUUCAACCUCGUGGAAAACUUGGAGCAGGAAACCUUCAGCCAUCUGCCCAGGCUGGAGAGGCUGUUCCUGCACAACAACAAGAUCGCACGCAUCCCCGCCCGGGCCUUCUUCCACCUCGACUCCCUCAAGCGACUGCGGCUCGACUCCAACCGGCUGGUAUGCGAGUGCGACCUCAAGUGGCUGUCCAACCUUCUCAAGUCCAUCCUGAAGCACGGCAACGGGCAGGCGGCCGCCACCUGCGAGCAGCCGGCGAGCCUGUACGGCCGCACGCUCGUCUCGCUCACCGCCGAGGAGUUCGACUGCGGCGAGCCGCACGCCGAGCGGCCCCGCAUCUUGGCGGAGCCGAGGGAUGUGGACGUGACGCUGGGCAAGACGGUCCACUUCACGUGCCACGCCGAGGGGAACCCCAAGCCCGAGAUCAUCUGGCUGCACAACAACAACGAGGUGGACAUGACCGAGGAUCGGCUGGACCUGCUGGAGAACGGCACGCUGAUGAUCCGCAACACGCGCGAGUCCGACCAAGGGAUCUACCAGUGCAUGGCGAAGAACGUGGCGGGGGAGGCGAAGACGAGCGAGGCUCUGCUGCGAUACUACGGCGGCCCCACCCCGGCGACCUUCGUGAUCCAGCCCCAGAACACGGAGGUGCUGGCGGGGGAGAGCGUCACGCUGGAGUGCAGCGCGACGGGACACCCGACCCCGCGCAUCACGUGGACGCGCGGCGACGGCUCGUCGCUGCCCCGCGACCCCCGCUUCUCCACGCCGCCCACGGGCGGCUUGCACAUCCACAACGCGUCUCGCGGCGACGCCGGCCAGUACUCGUGCCACGCGUCCAACAACCAGGACGCCGUGCGCGCCAGCGCGCUCAUCAUCGUGCAAGAGCCGCCCGAGUUCGUGGUGCUGCCCACCAACCAGACGCUGGUGGAGGGUCAGACCGCGGACUUCCUGUGCGAGGCACGCGGGGAUCCCCCGCCGAGCAUCUCGUGGACCAAGGCCGGUUACCCCGUGGUGAGCGAGGGACGCGUCUCCCUGCUGCCGCCCGGCACGCUGCGCAUCGCACGUGCCGAGGUGCGCGACAGCGGCCGCUACCGGUGCCAAGCGAAGAACGCCGUGGGCUCGCGGGACGCCGACGCCACGCUCACCAUCACCCGCCGCCAGGCGCCGGUGAUCACGGUCUUGCCGUCCGACAUCAAGACGGAGUCUGGUCACCACGUGCGAAUUUACUGCAGCGCGCAGGGAGAACCACAGCCCGGCAUCACCUGGACUAAGGACGGGGCGCCGCUGUCGGAGAGCGGGAAGUUCGUGAUGAGCGCCGAAGGCUUCCUCAUGGUGCGCGACGUGAACGCGGGCGACGAGGGCCACUACGAGUGCGUGGCGCGCAACUCCGUGGGGCACGCGUCCGCCAGCAUGCUGCUCUCCGUCAAGGUUCCUGAGGCGGUGCGCUCGGGGGACUCGUUCGUGGAGGAGUCCCUGAAGGAGGCGAUCCGGAGCGUGAACAGUGCCAUCAACUCCACCCAGCGCGAGCUGUUUGACAAGCGUCCGCGCACGGCGGGAGACCUGCUGGCGCUGUUCCGCUACCCGCGCGACCCCGACACGCUGGAGCAGGUGCGCGCCGCCGAGAUCUUCGAGCGCACGCUGCAGCUCGUGCACGAGCACGUGCGCGCCGGCCUCACCGUCGACCUCAACGGCACGGGCUUCCGCUACAACGACCUGGUGUCCCCGCGCUACCUGGAGCUCAUCGCCAACUUGUCGGGCUGCACGGCGCACCGCCGCACGCCCAGCUGCUCGGACGCGUGCUUCCACCAGCGCUACCGCACCGUGGACGGCAGCUGCAACAACCUGCAGCACCCGAUGUGGGGCGCGUCGCUCACGGCCUUCGCGCGCCUCGUGGAGCCGGCCUACGAGAAUGGCUUCAACGAGCCGCGGGGGGGCGGCGCCUCGGGCCGGGGGCGGCCGCACAGCGGCUUCCCGCUGCCGACGCCGCGCCGCGUCUCGGCCGAGCUGGUGGGCACUGAGAAGAUCACGCCGGACGAGCGGCACACGCACAUGCUCAUGCAGUGGGGCCAGUUCCUGGACCACGACAUGGACCUGACGGUGGUGUCGCCGAGCCAGGCGCGCUUCUCGGACGGCGAGCCGUGCGCCCGCGCCUGCACCGACGACCCGCCGUGCUUCCCCAUCGAGCUGCUGCCGGACGACCCCCGCGGGGGUCACCGGAGCGGCGGGGGCGGCGCGGCGGGGCGCUGCAUGUUCUUCGUGCGCUCGAGCCCCGUGUGCGGCAGCGGCGCCACGUCGCUGCUCAUGAGCUCGGUGCUGCCCCGCGAGCAGAUCAACCAGCUGACGUCGUACAUCGACGGCUCGAACGUGUACGGCAGCACGGAGCGCGAGGCGGCCGACGUGCGCGACCGCUCGUCGCGCCGCGGCCUGCUGCGCCGCGGCAUCGCAGUGGGCGCGGCCGGCAAGCACCUGCUGCCCUUCGCCACGGGCCCCCCGACCGAGUGCAUGCGCGACGAGAGGGAGAGCCCCAUCCCCUGCUUCCUCGCCGGGGACCAGCGCUCCAACGAGCAGCUGGGACUCACCUCCAUGCACACGCUGUGGAUGCGCGAGCACAACCGCAUCGCCGCUGGGCUGCUUAAGCUCAACCCGCACUGGGACGGUGACACCAUCUUCCACGAGUCGCGCAAGAUCGUCGGCGCGCAGAUGCAGCACAUCACCUACGCGCACUGGCUGCCCAAGGUGCUGGGCGCCGACGCCAUGCGCUCCGGGCUAAGGCCCUACGCGGGCUACGACCCCUCCGUGAACUCGGCCAUCUUCAACGCCUUCGCCACGGCCGCCUUCCGCUUCGGCCACACGCUCAUCAACCCCGUGCUGCUGCGCCUCAACGAGUCCUUCCAGCCCAUCCCCGAGGGCCACCUGCCGCUCCACCGAGCCUUCUUCUCGCCAUUCCGCCUCGUCAACGAGGGCGGCAUCGACCCGCUGCUGCGCGGCCUCUUCGCCACGCCCGCCAAGAAGCGCGUGCCCUCCGAGAUGCUCAACCUGGAGCUGACGGAGAAGCUGUUCCACAUGGCGCACAGCGUGGCGCUCGACCUCGCCUCCAUGAACGUGCAGCGCGGCCGCGAGCACGGCCUGCCCUCCUACGCCGCCUACCGCCAGUUCUGCAACCUCACGGCGGCCGUCGACUUCGAGGGGCUGAGCGGAGAGAUCCGCGACCCCGUGGUCAGGGAGAAGAUGCGCAAGCUCUACGGGACCCCCGAGAACAUUGACCUGUGGCCAGCCCUGAUCGCGGAGGACGUGAUUCCGGGAUCGCUGGUGGGGCCCACCCUCCUGUGCCUCUUCACGGAGCAGUUUCGCCGUCUCAGGGAUGGGGACAGGUUCUGGUACGAGAACCCGGGAGUGUUCUCCCCAGCGCAGCUCACGCAGAUCCACCAGAGCUCGCUGUCGCGCGUGCUCUGCGACAACGGCGACGCCAUCACGCUGGUGCCGCCCGACGCGUUCGCCGUGUCCGCGUACCCGCAGGGCUACGUGGCCUGCGGCACCCUGCCCAGCGUCGACCUGCGCAUGUGGCAGGACUGCUGCCAAGACUGCCGGACGCGCGGACAGUUCAACGCCAUCUCCAACCACUUUCGGAGCAAACGCUCGCCGGAGUUCAGCUACCCGGGGGAGAGACCAGCGGACCGGCUCGAGGAGCAGGAAACGAGCGAAGGCCCCUCCCGGCAGCACAAUGUCACGCAGCGCACACAGGAGCGGGAAGAGGAUCCGAGUCUGCAGGAGCUCCGCGCCGUCGUGUCGGCCCUGCAGCGCACGGUGGAGCAGCUGCGCUCGCAGGUCAGUGGUUUGGAGCAGGCGCUGCACAAGGGCGGCCGAUGUAAGAACGCGGACGGGAAGGAGCGAGCGCAUCAGGAGACCUGGCACAGGGAUGCCUGCAGCGAAUGCCACUGUGAGAGUGGCGAGGUGGUCUGCCACGUGGAGAGGUGUCCUCCCAUCAACUGCCCUUCUCCAGAGCGUCUGGAAGGAAGCUGCUGCCCCAUCUGUGUAGAACAGGCAGCUCCCGGAGAAGGUGACAGAAGGGUGGAUGUAGCGUAAGGGAGAGGGGCGGCUGGUCUCUCUGUUUCUUUAAAAAACAACACUGCCCUGCUUCUCCCCUCCAUCCUCAUCCUGCUCCAUCCCCCAAAGCACUGCCCUAAAAAACUGCCUCUGCUGUGAAUGUACUGUGCACACUCCAUUUGGUCCAUUUAGCAAUGCUGCGUUAGCCUCCGUUUAAUUAAGCAAGAACAUUAUUCAGCAUCGGCUAAUCCACGCGCGGUGUAUCAACAUCUUUCCAAAACAAUGCAUUGCAUUGCCAGUUCUUUCUCAAGUUUACAAGAAUCACUCUCCCCCUGUCACAUUAAAUGCAUUCCAGCAGACUGCUGCUUAAUCGUUAAGCGGCAAUUGCAGCAGACAAACAACAAUCACAUGAAAACACACGUUGGACUGGACCGGCUGCUCGAUUCAAUUGGCGUGUACCGCAACAACAAAAAAAACCGCCGCUAAAUGUGCCCAGGAAUGGCGAGUCGCACACAAUGUGCUGGAACAACACAGCACGUUGCUCAUACGCCAGGCGUGACAUCAUCUCCUGCCAGAAGAGAAACAAAAAAUCCCGCAGCGAGUGCAAUCAGUUGAAACGUUUAUAAGUUUCUCGGCUCGGAGAAUUAGCCACGACGAAGUGUAUCGAGUUAGCUCGUGGGGGUCGAUAAUACAUUUCAGGACCGCUGGCAUCAUUAGCCUGGCGAGUAUAUGUUGCUUGCUAGCGCGCAUACAAUGCGCUGCUCGUCAUAAACACAAAACGCAUUGCCAGGCUCCAUUCGCAGGUCGCGACACGUGCUCUCGCUUUUACGCAUUAGUAAGUCGAACGUGCAGCAGCGGCCAAACAUCGUCACAGAGUACGCGUAUAACAGGUACAGUAUUCCUUACUCAAAGUAUUCCAGUGUGGAACUGUUAUGAUGGAAAAUACUUGACGGAGUAAAGUCGAUUACUUUUCUUUCAAAUGUGAAAUAUUGCUGUUUUCAAUAGAUUACAGAUGCCAUAAUAGCCCUCGCCAAAUUGUAUUUGUAUGGUUAUGCAUUUAAAGCAAACAAGGUGUCCUUGUGGUGGCGGUUUCAUGUAUUUUUUUUAAAUAUGCUAGUUUUCCAGAACAUCUAGCUUUAGAAAAGUUAUGCAAGAGGCAUACGUGGAAGGGGUUCCCUUUAAAAAUGCAACUUUCCCUAUGAAUGUCUCCAUCGUAACUGUGAUGGGCUGGUGCUUGACACAUUUCAUAUUUUGCCAAAAUAUUUCCUGAAUCUGUGGCUCUCCGUAGCUCGAUGUGCCAGAGUAAAUCGAUUUCCGUGACCCAGUAUUUGACGUUUUUUUUAGUUCAGUGUUCUUCACACAUUUUCAGAUGGGGGCCCCUUCAGUGUGAGGGCCGUCACAAAUUUGAAACCAUUGGGGUUUGACAGCACGAUGAUGGGAGGGGGGGGGGGGGUGUUUUCACAUGUUGUGUAUUGUCGGGGGCCGCACGUCAGGGCCCACACUAAAGGCCACGAGGGCCGCCAGUGGCCCGUGGGCCUUGCAAUGGAGAACACUGGUUUAGUUGGUUGCAAUGCUAAACGAUGCGCAGUAGAUAUUGAGACAUGCAGCAAUGUAUUCUUCUCAUGCAUUUAUGGACAUUAUACACUCGUCUAAGUAGCAGUAUAAAUGGGUUGGCGCCAUGUGAAGCUGCAAUGAAUUCCUGCGUUGUAAAAUGAAAUCCAAAGAGAGUAAAAUAGCUCGUCAAUGUGUUUUUGGGUUGUACCGCGCAUUGCUCGGCACGAUGUCAGGCAUUCCACUCCACGUGCUGGGAACUUGUUCAGGGGAUCCCGGUCUCUGUAAAUGCCAGUCAUCCACCUUCGAUGAGCACGUUUGGCCAAGUACGGUGCGAUCGUACGUACAACCUGAAGACACGUCACACAGCUGAACGGUGCAAAAGCCGAUGCGGUUGUACGAUUGCAACCCAGUAAACGUGCAACGUUGGAUCAACGUUGGCAUGUGAUUCCAUUCGCAUACCAACUUUGGUCCAACAUUGAAAAUUUUUCUUGGAAUGUGUUAUACUUUUGCAAUAUCUUAAAAAAACUAGCCCUGUGGCUUGUCGUGAGCCCAGCCAAUGCAGGUUGUUUCAUAGUUCCCGAGUAUUAGUCGCCACUGAAAGGCACGUUAUUCAUCACUGCUGACUUUUUGAAUGAACACAUGGAUUGUAGUGGCUUGUUGUGCGAAUUCGAGGCGGUCAAAAAAGUGCCAAAACACUGCCGUAAUUGUUUUAAUAUAUGUAAAAUAUGACAGAACAACCGAACAAAACGAAUCAAUAAAUCACAUUUGUGUAUUUUGAGUUAGCACAUGAUAUAGUUGGCUUCCUUUGUUUCAUGAAUAAACAUUUUGUAAGAA